AGGCUUUCGAUCUCAAGCGGCCCAGAACCAAUCUUCCUUAGGGCUCCGAUUUCGUGAAGGAAGGGGGAAACUGAGAAGGGGGAAAGGUUUGCAGAGCAAAGCAAGUAACUUGCAAUGGUGUGCGAGAAGUGCCAGAGGAAGCUGUCGAAGGUGAUCGUGCCGGAUAAGUGGAAGGAAGGAGCCACCAACACCACCGAAAGCGGUGGCCGGAAAAUCAACGAGAAUAAACUCCUCUCCAAAAAGCACAGGUGGACUCCUUAUGGAAAUACCAAGUGCAUGAUUUGCAAGCAGCAAGUGCACCAAGAUGCGAAGUACUGUCACACCUGUGCUUAUUCCAAAGGGGUAUGUGCAAUGUGCGGUAAGCAAGUGCUUGACACCAAGUUUUACAAGCAGAGCAAUGUAUAAUAUCAAAGGGGAUAUUGGUUGGUCUUCAAGUAGAUAUCAUAGUUGCCCUCUGUCAUUGAUAACUCACCAACUUGGUCAAAGACUGUAAAAGAUCAUUAAAUUGUUAAUGUUUAUGUUGUAUGCUUGGUUCUUUCUGAUCAUUGUAUUUCUUUCCUUUCGCAAAUUUACUACCGAACAGAAUCUUUUUAAUACAAGUAUGCAUUAAUCAUGUCUAUAGCUAGAGUAACAUGGAAGUAGUAAUUGUCCUCUUUUCAAUAAAGUUUUGCAAGGAAUAAACUUUAAGUCGGGUUCA